GCCGCUGGGCUGCUCGCUCACAUUCAUUCAGCUGAGCGAAGGCGCAGCGCCUUGGUGCCGGCUUCAUCAGAGCCACCAACAAACUCGGUUCCCGUGUCGCAGUCUCUGCGGUUCUCCUUCCCGUACAUCCAACCUUUCACACAGUAGGGGAGGGAGAGGAGGAGAGGGAAAAAUACACACACACAUAUUUAUAUAUAUAUGUCCAAAAAAAAAGAACCAAGGACAUUGAUUUCUGUUUGAAUUAUAUUCACAGAGAGGGGGAAGGGAAAAAAAAAGCCAGAGAUUGGGAGUGUUUUUUAAAAAAAAAUCAUUUAUAAUUUAGUUUUUUUUUGAAAGAAAAGGUAGAAAACCCCGGUAGAAGUGGUUGACCCGAACCUUCCCGCUUGUCUUUCUCCUCUCCUGUGUCAGCUUGUUUCUGGUGAGGAAGGAACCCUCCCUCCCUCCCUCCCUCCGCGGACAAGAAACCGCAACACUGAAGGAAGGAAACCUGGAGUGAAACCAUGGAGAACGCGCACAUCAAGACCGUGGAUGAAGUUCUCGCCUAUUUUAACGCCAAUGAGACAACGGGUCUUAGUUUGGAGCAAGUCAAGAAACACAAGGAGAGAUGGGGACCGAAUGAACUGCCAGCAGAAGAAGGCAAAUCUUUAUGGGAACUUGUGAUAGAACAAUUUGAAGAUUUAUUGGUCAGAAUUCUACUCUUGGCAGCUUGUAUAUCAUUUGUUCUGGCCUGGUUUGAAGAAGGUGAAGAAACUGUAACUGCCUUUGUGGAGCCUUUCGUAAUAUUAUUAAUUCUAAUAGCAAAUGCUAUCGUGGGUGUUUGGCAGGAAAGGAAUGCAGAAAAUGCCAUUGAAGCCCUUAAAGAAUAUGAGCCUGAAAUGGGGAAGGUUUAUCGACAAGACAGAAAGAGUGUACAGAGGAUCAAGGCCAGAGAGAUUGUCCCUGGAGACAUAGUAGAAGUGGCAGUUGGGGACAAGGUUCCGGCUGAUAUCAGGCUGACUUCAAUUAAAUCAACAACCCUACGUAUAGAUCAAUCUAUUCUUACAGGUGAAUCUGUAUCAAUCAUCAAACACACCGACCCAGUACCUGACCCUCGUGCUGUGAAUCAGGAUAAAAAGAACAUGCUUUUUUCUGGUACGAAUGUUGCAGCUGGUAGAGCAAUUGGAGUUACCAUUGCCACUGGUACAAGCACAGAAAUUGGCAAAAUCCGUGAUGAAAUGGCAGCAACUGAACAGGAGAGGACUCCGCUUCAACAGAAGCUUGAUGAGUUUGGUGAACAGCUCUCCAAGGUUAUUUCACUCAUCUGUAUUGCUGUCUGGAUCAUAAACAUUGGCCACUUCAAUGACCCUGUGCAUGGUGGCUCCUGGAUCCGAGGUGCCAUCUAUUACUUUAAAAUUGCAGUUGCUCUGGCUGUGGCCGCGAUUCCUGAGGGUUUGCCAGCUGUUAUUACUACCUGUCUGGCCCUUGGCACCAGACGUAUGGCAAAGAAGAAUGCCAUUGUGCGGAGUCUGCCAUCUGUUGAAACAUUGGGUUGUACUUCUGUUAUCUGCUCUGACAAAACUGGUACUCUUACUACAAACCAGAUGUCUGUCUGCCGGAUGUUCAUUGUUGACAAAGUUGAAGGUGAACAGUGUUCUCUGAAGGAGUUUUCAGUAAGUGGCUCCACCUAUAACCCUGAGGGACAAAUAGAAUUGGAUAACAAAAUAGUGAAGUGUUCUGAUUACGAUGGCCUUAUUGAACUGGCAACUAUCUGUGCACUUUGCAAUGAUUCUUCUUUGGAUUAUAAUGAGACUAAAGGCGUGUAUGAGAAGGUUGGGGAAGCCACAGAGACUGCCCUUUGUUGCUUGACUGAAAAAAUGAAUGUGUUUGACACAGAUGUGAAGAAUCUAACCAAGAUUGAGCGUGCCAAUGCUUGCUGUACUGUCAUCAAGCAAUUAAUGAAGAAAGAGUUCACUUUAGAGUUCUCUAGAGACCGGAAAUCGAUGUCUGUGUACUGUUCCCCUAACAAACCCACUCGUUCAUCUAUUGGCAAUAAGAUGUUCAUUAAGGGCGCUCCUGAGGGUGUGAUUGAUAGGUGCUCGUAUGUUCGUAUUGGAACCAGUAAAGUACCCCUCUCAACACCUAUCAAAGAGAAAAUUUUGACUGUUAUCAAAGAAUGGGGUACUGGGAGGGACACAUUGCGCUGCUUGGCACUGGCUACACAUGAUAAUCCAUUCAGAAAGGAAGAUAUGAAUCUGGAAGAAUCAUCAAACUUCAUUAACUAUGAGGUUGGCCUGACAUUUGUUGGGUGUGUUGGUAUGCUUGAUCCACCACGAACAGAGGUAGCUGCUUCAAUCAAGAUGUGUAGACAUGCUGGCAUCCGUGUAAUCAUGAUCACCGGCGAUAAUAAGGGCACCGCUGUAGCCAUUUGCCGUCGUAUUGGUAUCUUUGGAGAACGGGAAGAUGUCACUAAAAAAGCGUUCACUGGCCGUGAGUUUGAUGAACUUCCCCCAGCAGAACAGAGAGAAGCUUGCUUGACUGCUCGCUGCUUUGCUCGUGUAGAACCAUCCCACAAAUCUAAGAUCGUGGAGUUUUUGCAAGCGUUUGAUGAAAUCACAGCCAUGACUGGUGAUGGUGUGAACGAUGCUCCUGCUCUAAAGAAGGCAGAAAUUGGAAUUGCCAUGGGAUCUGGUACUGCUGUAGCAAAAUCUGCCUCGGAAAUGGUCCUGGCUGAUGACAACUUCUCCACAAUUGUAGCAGCAGUGGAGGAAGGCCGUGCUAUCUAUAACAAUAUGAAACAAUUUAUUCGCUACCUCAUCUCUUCCAAUGUUGGAGAAGUAGUCUGCAUUUUCCUUACAGCAGCUUUAGGCUUUCCUGAGGCUUUGAUCCCUGUACAGCUCCUGUGGGUGAACCUGGUGACAGAUGGACUGCCAGCCACAGCACUAGGCUUCAAUCCACCUGAUCUGGACAUCAUGGACAAACCACCUCGCAGUCCUAAGGAACCCUUGAUCAGCGGCUGGCUCUUCUUCCGUUAUAUGGCUAUUGGAUGUUAUGUAGGAGCUGCUACAGUUGGUGCUGCUGCUUGGUGGUUCAUAGCUGCUGAAGAUGGACCCAGAAUUACUUACUACCAGCUGAGCCAUUUCCUACAGUGCAACCCAGAGAACCCAGAUUUUGAAGAUGUUGACUGUGAAAUAUUUGAAUCUCCUUAUCCCAUGACUAUGGCACUCUCUGUCCUGGUGACCAUUGAGAUGUGUAAUGCUCUUAACAGUUUAUCAGAGAACCAGUCAUUGUUGAAGAUGCCACCUUGGGAAAACGUUUGGUUAUUGGGUUCAAUCUGUCUGUCGAUGUCUCUUCACUUCCUCAUUUUAUAUGUGGAGCCACUACCGCUCAUUUUCCAAAUUACACCGUUAGAUGUAACACAGUGGCUGAUGGUGCUGAAAAUCUCUCUACCUGUCAUUCUGCUGGAUGAGACACUCAAAUUUAUUGCUCGUAACUACCUUGAACCGGGUAAAGAGUAUACUCUGCCUAGUGACAAACUGUGUGGUUUCUCAGCAUGUACAGAGGGGAUUUCCUGGCCUUUUGUGCUCAUUUCUGUGCCCCUGGUUUUCUGGCUUUACAGUACAGACACAAAUUUUGCUGAAAUGUUCUGGUCUUGACUGACAUAGAGCUGUCGUUGGCAUAGUGAAGACAUGGCAUUUGAUUAACUUCGACCAAAAUUUUUAUCAUUUAAACACUUGAUUCCAAGAGUCUGUUUCUGCUGAAUUUCAUAUGAACCCAUGUAUGGAUGAAGUUAAUAUUUUUUUCCUGAACUCUAGAAUGAAACAGGAUUGAUUUUUACACAAUUAAAAAAAAACUCUUUAAAAAAAACUGUGCAUUGGCGUGUACAGAGAUUAAUACUAUUUUCUGCAAUAUUUUGUUUUUGUAGAUGAAACGGCAUGUACAGAUGUGUUCUGUUUACUAAUUUGUUCAUCUUUUGUGUAUAAAUUGAGAACCAAUGAGCUGACGGGUGUAUUUUUUGGCUAAAGAAAUGGAUUACUAGAGAAUGUUGAAUUCUUUGGAAAUUUAAAAAAAAAUUGCAUGGUGUGUCACCGCAUGGCUACUUUGGUUGGGUUCUAUUUUAGACUUUAUUUUGUGCCUUCUGUCAAAUGGUUUUUAGUUCAGAACUCCUUAUUUUCUGCACUCAGCAGAACAUUGCUACCUCAACCAGCUUUUUAGUUCAGUUUCCUGUAAUCAUUUCUGUAUUCUUAACUGUCAUGUUUACAGUUCAACCUUGUUUGAGGUAUGCUAAUUACUGCCUGUGCAGAACACUCUCUUUUCCCCUGCCAACACCCCAUAUUCCUGUUUUUCUCCAAUAAGUUUAAAUGGUAUUUAUUUAAAUUACUGAUUUGUAUUUUGUUGUAACAGUCUUGAUGGGAUUCUUUACUCUUUUUUUUUGCCAGUUCACAUUGGAUGUUCUACGUCAGGGGUUAAUUCACAUGAAUCAAAAAUAAAAUGUUUUAGACUAACAGA